CAUCACUCGACUGUUUUGCCUUGGAACUUCGAUUUCCUUUUCCUUUACUGCCUUCGCUUGUUUGUCGACGAACCUAUUCUGCUAAGUAGUCUCCUUUCCUUUUUCACAUAAAAACCCUAACUUGUUGCGGUUGCUUUCAUCUGGCUCAGCGCGUUAUGCCUGUUCCUUCUAUCUGAUAAGAUCUCACUAUCACUCGGCUGUUUUGCUUGGAAACAUCAAUUUCCUUACUACCUUCGCUCGUCGUAGACACACCUAUUCUAAUUGCAUAUGUUUGCAGUUGUCGUUAUCGUUUAUUCGGUACAGGAGAAGGUGAGCCAUGUCUAUAGCGGCCCCUGGGCAACUCAAUUUGACUGAAUCCCCGUCAUGGGGAUCUCGAAGCGUUGAUUGUUUCGAGAAAUUGGAGCAGAUUGGUGAAGGAACAUAUGGCCAAGUCUACAUGGCUAGGGAAAUCAGAACAGGGGAAGUUGUUGCAUUGAAAAAGAUACGAAUGGACAAUGAAAGAGAGGGUUUCCCAAUUACUGCCAUACGUGAAAUUAAAAUUCUAAAGAAGCUACAUCAUGAGAAUGUAAUUAAGUUGAAGGAAAUUGUUACAUCUCCAGGCCCUGAAAAGGAUGAGCAAGGGAGACCAGAUGGUAACAAGUACAAAGGUGGCAUCUACAUGGUUUUUGAGUACAUGGAUCAUGAUUUGACGGGUCUUGCUGAUCGCCCUGGAAUGCGAUUUUCAGUUCCUCAGAUCAAGUGUUAUAUGAGGCAGCUAUUGACUGGGCUUCAUUACUGUCAUGUUAAUCAAGUACUACAUCGUGACAUAAAAGGUUCUAAUCUAUUAAUAGACAAUGAGGGAAAUCUUAAGCUUGCAGAUUUUGGUCUUGCUCGGUCGUUUUCCAAUGACCAUAAUGGACAUCUUACAAAUCGUGUUAUUACUUUAUGGUAUAGACCUCCUGAGUUGCUGCUCGGAACCACAAAGUAUGGCCCAGCCGUUGACAUGUGGUCUGUUGGUUGUAUCUUUGCUGAGCUUUUGCAUGGCAAACCAAUAUUUCCUGGAAAAGAUGAGCCAGAUCAAUUGAACAAGAUAUUUGAGUUGUGUGGAGCCCCAGAUGAGGUCAACUGGCCUGGAGUCUCGAAGAUACCUUGGUAUAACAAUUUCAAGCCAACUAGGCCAAUGAAGAGACGUCUCAGGGAGGUCUUCAGACAUUUUGAUCGUCAUGCUUUGGAGUUGCUCGAGAGAAUGCUGACUCUCGAUCCAUCUCAGAGAAUAUCUGCCAAGGAUGCGCUUGAUGCGGAGUAUUUCUGGACUGAUCCCUUGCCUUGUGAUCCCAAGAGUUUGCCCAAGUACGAGUCAUCCCAUGAAUUUCAGACAAAGAAAAAGCGCCAACAGCAGCGUCAACAUGAAGAAACAGCAAAGCGACAGAAACUACAGCACCCACAGUUGCAUGCACGCCUUCCCCCCAUCCAGCAAACAGGGCAAGUGCACCCUCAGCUUCGGCCAGGACCUAACCAGCCCAUGCAUAGCUCCCAGCCUCCAGUUGUUGCAGGGCCUACCCACCACUAUGGUAAACCUCGUGGACCAUCAGGAGGACCAAGCAGAUAUCCCCAGAGUGGAAACCCUAGUGGGGGAUACAACCACCCAAAUCGUGGGGGCCAAGGUGGAGGUUACAACAGUGGUCCAUAUCCACCUCAAGGUCGUGGCCCUCCAUAUGCUGCAAGCGGCAUGUCUGGUGCAGGUCCUCGAGGAGGUGGCAGUGGUUAUGGAGCCGGUGCCCCUAAUUAUCCCCAAGGUGGUCCAUAUGGAGGAGGUUCUGGUGUUGGUCGAGGUUCAAACAUGAUGGGUAACAACCGCAAUCAAUGGCAGCAGUAAGUAAUGGGUUAGCUACGACAUCUGCUACUCUGUAGAGCCUUAAGAAAGAGAACAGAAACAUGAAAGGUUGACAUUUUUCAAGGGUUAAGGUUGUGCUCUGCAGAAGUUUGGACGGUCAGACUUGCGCUGCAACAUAAUUAACAAAAUAAUGGAAAAAGAAAAUGGAAGAAAACAUUGCUGAAAUAUUCGUUCAAUUUAUCUACUUCUAAGGUUUUUUAAGUGUGAGCUUGAUUACCGAAAGGAAAAAACAAAAAUGGUGCAAGUGAACAGGGUUAAGGUUUCACUGAUGUAUGUUAGCUUCGAGGUUCGGAGCUUGUAUGAAUAAAGAUUACGCAGUCUAUUGACAUGGAAUUUAUUCAAGUAUUAUUCGCUCCGACCUUUUCGUUUCUACUUAAAUUUAAUUCAGAUUGAACAAUUUUCUGCUUGUAAUUAGCCUUGAAAAGUAAUUUCAUUGUUUUCCACUUAUGUUUCA